UAUGGAAAACCAGAGUUUACACACAAAUAUCCUGCUGAUGGAGGGGUUAAAGGUCAACGCCCAGUCUUCCAUCGCAGCCUUCAUCCUCCUUCUCCUCAUGUAUGGCUUCAUCAUGGUGUCCAACAUGGGCCUGGUGCUGCUGAUCUCCCGGAGCAAGAGCCUCCAGCAGCCCAUGUACCUGCUCUUCUGCAACAUGAGUGUUAACGACGUGUUCGGGGCCUCGAUCAUCAUCCCGCGUGUCCUCAGAGAUAUUUUCACAUCGAACUCUGACUUGUACAUUCACUACAUCGACUGUGUGGUUCAGGCCUUCUGCGUUCACCUCUAUGGGACCACCUCUCACACGGUGCUCAUGAUCAUGGCGUUUGACCGGUACGUGGCCAUCUGCAACCCCCUUCGCUACGCCACCAUCAUGACCAACUGGAUGGUGGUGAAGCUGUCGGUCGCAGCCUGGGGAUCGGCCUUGGUGCAAGUGGCGAUCCUCCUGGGCCUCACCAUCCGCCUGUCCCGCUGCAGGCGGGUUAUAUCCAACCUGUUCUGCGACCACGCCUCCUUGUUCAAGCUGUCCUGCGAGAGCGUGGUCAUCAAUCAGGUGUUCGGGCUCGGCAACACGGUGGUGCUGCUGGGCUCGUCCAUCUGCAGCGUGACCCUCACCUACCUGAAGAUCGCCGCCGUGUGCAUACGCAGUAAGAACAAGGUGCUGAACCGCAAAGCGCUGCAGACCUGCGCCACCCACCUGGCCGUGUACGUCCUGCUGCUGGUGUCGGCCUUCAUCGUCGUCAUCCUGCACCGCUUCCCUCAGCUGUCAUACCACAGGAAGGUGGCGGCCAUUCUGGGCGAAGUGGCCCUGCCGGCGCUUAACGCUGUUAUCUACGGGCUGCAAAUAAAAGAGGUCAGGCAGAGAAUCUUGGCUGUUCUCCGCAGUAAACAGACACUCGUGCAUUUGAAAUGAUUCCGUGUUUGAUCGGGUAGAUUAGCAACAUCUACAAAUAUUUGCACUGCUGAUAAAAUAAUGUUAAUCCCAACUGCGAAAGGAGUCUGAGACUGUAAUAUGUUAAUAUUCAUUCCUUUCAGUAUCAUGUUAUGUAUGGAUUUGCACAAAUAUCUUUUACUACCAGUUAUUUUUUUGGGACUAUUUGCUUUGAUAUCAAGUAUUAAAAUCCUUAUAACCUGCUGUACAUG